CUAACUCCUAAUGUGAAUCAUGAAUUCGUGAAUGAUAACACUAUAGAGUAUAGAUAACAACAUUGUUAUUUAAUACAAUAACAAUUAACAACAACUACUAAGAUAACUACAACUUACUGUCUGCCUUAGAAACUAUAAAAUAAGAAUACAAUAUAAAUACACGGAGUACCUAUACAACAUAAUUGUAUGUGUGAUCUAUAAUCGCAGUGUAACCAACAUUUAUUACGGAAUAUGAAUAUUUUUAACGGUUUUUUUUUAUAACGAAAAUGCAGAUUAGAUCAAAUAGUAGCCAGUAGCCAGUAGCCACUAUUUUCAUUAUAUUUUUACAAUAAUAUAUUAAAUUACCUAUAGGCUUAAUAUGUGUAUUGUGUAUUACUUACUACAUACAAAUAUUUAGACAUUUAGACCAUUUAGUAUACACUAACUUCUAACACUCCGUCUAACACUACACACUUGCACUUUACAGUUACACUUGUCUGUCUUGAGUUGAGUGAAUUGAUACUCAACUGGGUUUGAAAAUUGUUUUCUUUAAAUCAAUACAUGUUCAUAAUCUGAUUAAUUUAUAAUAGCUGCUGUAAAAGAAACUUGCCUAGUUUAACAAAACAUAUCAACAUGAAAAAAUCUGCUAAAAUACGAUUAAACACUAAGUCAAAAUUGAAUGAAAAAACAGAAAAUAAAUUAAUUCAUGAAAAUUCAAGUAAAAUUAAGACAUCAAUAAAAAAUAUGUCGGACAAAGAAAAUGAUAUUUUUUCAGAUUCUAGUUUAGAAUUAUUUGAUACAUUUAAACCCAGAUCAAAAACAAAAAUCAAUUCUGAACAAAAUUUCAAUAAUAUUAAUGUUGAUCACAAUGAUUUUCCAAAAGAAUCAGACGUAAAAUCAAAAAAAUAUAUAAAUUUUGAUUUAUCCAUUUAUAAUAUCAGUUCUAGUUCAAAUGAUAGUUUUAAAUCAUUUACUAGUUUACAUUCUAAUCCUAUUGAAAAUAAUUAUUCAAAAGAUAAUUUAUCUGGUACAAAAGAUAGUAUUGCUACAUUUGAAAGUAAAAAUAGAAAUGAUAUACAUGACAAUUUAUUUGAAUUUAAAGAUAAUUAUACUACACCAGUAAAAAACCAUAUUCAAAGCAAUCAUCUCUCAGAAUCUGCUAAACUAUUAGACCGAAUCUAUGGUAAAGAAUGGCGAUGUGUUGAUGGAGUACUUAAGAAUUCAAAAACAAAGUAUUUAAAUGAUGAACUAUAUGACAAUUAUAAUAAGUGUUCUAAUGAAAAUACUUCCAGCAAACAUUACAAUGAAAUUAAAUAUUCACCACCUUCUGAAGUUCUGAAAAAACAUCAAGAAUACAAUAUUCAAAAUAAAGUGGAUGAUACUUCAAUAAUUUUAGAAAAUUUCAGUUUGUCCAAUGAUAUAAAUGAAACACCUGAUCAAUUAAAUAUUAUCCAUCCCUCUACAAGUAAAAUACACAAUAAGAUUCCAAAACAUUGUACAAAUGAAAAACAAUUGAAAAAUUUAAAAAUUAUUAAAGAAAAUACAAUCAAGGAAGAUAUUAACACAAAAAAAAAUGGUGCUAACCAAAAUCUACAAUCUAAAAUGUUAAUUAAAUCUAAUAUAGAAGCAACACUAUCAUUUUUAAGUUCUCUAUCAUGUUUUACUGGAUCUAUGAAAUGUGACCCUGAGGCUGAAAAAUUCAAACUAAAGUUUAAAAAAAAUAAAGAUGAUUUGGUGUCAGUAUUAUUUAAAUUAUUCAACAAAGAAGUAUUUGAUGAUAAGCUUCCAGCUGAUAUGAAUUUCAAAUGGAAUGCACGAUUAAGGUCAACUGCUGGUGCAUGUUUCAAUAAACGUUCAGUCAAAAUAAACAAAAAUUUAGAUUGUGAAAGAGUUUCUCGCAUUGAACUUUCUACUAAAAUUAUUGAUACAGGAGAAAGAUUAAGAGAUACAUUAAUUCAUGAGCUUUGUCAUGCCGCCUGUUGGAUAUUUAAUGGUAUUUCUGAAGGACAUGGUCCUCAAUGGAAAAGCUGGGCAAAUAAAGCUAUGCAAAAGUUUCCAGAACUCCCAAUAAUCAAAAGAUGCCAUAGUUAUGACAUACAAACCAAAUUUACCUAUAAAUGUGUAAAAUGUGGUUAUAGUUUUGGGCGUCAUUCAAAAUCUUUGAAUCUGGAGAAAAAAAGAUGUGGACUUUGUUAUGGAGAAUUUGAAUUAAUCAAAAACAAAAUUAAUAAUAACCCUAUUCCUAAUAAUAAUUUCCCAGUUGUUCACGAAGACCCAUUGAAAGAAUUAUACAGUUUAAAUGAUGUACAUCAAAAACCUAAACCUCCCAAAAAACUAUCAAAAUUUGCUAUAUUUGUAAAAGAAAAUUAUAGCCGAGUAAAAAGAGAAAAUCCUUUAUCAAAGCAUGGUGAAAUAAUGAAAUUACUGGGAUCUCAAUUUGCAACAACUAAAGUAUUGACUCCUGAUGAAGUGUUCGAUAACUUAUUUAAUAGUUAACAUUACUAUUAAAAAAUUUUAUUUUAUUAGAACAAAUUUUUUGACUAAGACUUUUAAAAAUUUAUUUUUACAUUAAUAUACAUUUAAGUAAGAUAUAUAAUACUAGUACUAUA